AAAAAAGGCAAAACACAAAAUAAAGCAGCACCAUACAAAUAGGCAAACAAAAGGAAGCCAUUUUCCAAAACCUCUCAAAUUCCUCAUUUUCAAUGGCUUCUUCAUUGGCUUUGCCUUACCCUUCUUCAACUUCAACUUCUUCUUUCACUCACAAAAGCUUUGUUCCCAAACGAACCCGUUUUCCAUGCUAUGUUAAUUGUGAAAUAAGUGAACCAGUUAAUGGGAAGCCUCACGUGCCAAUCAUCAAUGAUGGAACACUUCCAAACUUCUUGCAAGCAAGGCGCCUACAGAAUGCAGUUAGUAGAAACAAUAAUAGGCUGAAGAUAUUCACUGGAACUGCAAAUCCUUCGCUUUCUCAGGAAAUUGCUUGGUACAUGGGCUUUGAGCUGGGAAAGGUGAAUAUCAAGCGCUUUGCUGAUGGUGAAAUUUAUGUCCAGUUGCAAGAGAGUGUUCGAGGCUGUGAUGUCUACUUGAUUCAAUCCACCUGUCCUCCGGCCAAUGAAAACCUUAUGGAGCUUUUGGUAAUGAUAGAUGCAUGCCGAAGGGCUUCUGCCAAGACCAUUACUGCAGUGAUUCCAUACUUUGGAUAUGCCAGAGCUGAUAGAAAGACACAAGGUCGUGAAUCCAUUGGUGCCAAAUUGGUUGCGAACCUUAUAACUGAAGCAGGUGCGGAUCGUGUUCUGGCUUGUGAUCUGCACUCUGGGCAAUCCAUGGGUUACUUUGACAUUCCAGUGGACCAUGUGUACUGUCAGCCUGUUGUCCUUGAUUACCUUGCUAGCAAGAAGAUUUCUUCUGAUGAUUUGGUAGUGGUCUCUCCUGAUGUUGGCGGAGUUGCUAGAGCACGUGCCUUUGCAAAAAAAUUAUCUGAUGCACCGUUAGCCAUUGUGGACAAAAGGCGGCACGGACAUAAUGUCGCCGAGGUUAUGAACCUGAUAGGUGAUGUUAAAGGAAAAGUUGCAGUUAUGGUGGAUGACAUGAUUGACACAGCAGGGACUAUUGCCAAAGGCGCAGAACUUUUGCAUCAGGAGGGCGCACGUGAAGUUUAUGCAUGCUGUACACAUGCUGUUUUUAGCCCCCCUGCAAUUGAAAGGUUGUCAAGUGGCCUUUUCCAAGAGGUCAUUGUCACAAACACAAUUCCCGCGAUAGAGAAAAACUAUUUCCCGCAGCUGACUGUUCUUUCAGUUGCAAAUCUUCUCGGUGAAACAAUUUGGCGGGUGCAUGAUGAUUGUUCUGUGAGUAGCAUUUUCCAGUAGGUAGGAGAGAUAGUGGCAAUCCCUCAGGUGACGGAGCUCUUGUUUAGCUGCUGUAUUUUUUGUUCUUUUUUCAUUUGGUCUGAAAGGUAUUUUUAAUUCUUCAAAACAUCUUAGCUCAUUUCGCUCUUCCAUCAGUUGACCCCUCCAUUGGCAUGCAUCUUUCCUUUACUUAGAAAGGUGACUGGCAUGCAGAGUGAACAAAUUGUUCUCUUUUUUCACCUUGUUUUUUCAUUGUAGCCAAACCACAGUAGGUCCUACAUUUUUGGAAUAUUUUGUUCUUCUUUAAGUUAUAAGUUAGAUAGUUGGAAGGAUAGGAAGAUGGAGACCAUGUGCUUAUUUUUUCAAUUAGUAUUGAUUCAUGCUCUGAAAUCUGAUGACUAUCAAGGCACAGUAUUAAUCCAGAAAAUGCUGCUGUGACAUUGUCCCUCGUCUUCGCCAAAGGUCGAUAUGAAACUCAUGUCGAGCUUCAGUUCCUGCCUGAAUUUUGAUUCUUGGGCCCGUGUGGAGCUUCGUUUUAUUAUGACAUUAAUUUGUUUCAGUAGAAACUGGUCCAAUUAGACCUAUUGGAAGGAGGACAAGUUGAUUGUAAUAUGAUGUGCCUGAAUAUUUGUUCAGAA